AUGAUUGAUCAUUUGAUAAAAGAACAGCCAGAUGAAGAGAGAACUAAAAUAAUAAUAAAGGAUGAGCCAAACGCAUACACAUUCUCUAAGAAACUUGGAGAGGCUUUGUUGGCGGAAAAACAUGGUCAUGUUCCCGUUAUUAUCAUCAGGCCUUCAAUAGUGACUGCAAGUCUAUCAGAACCGCUUCCAGGGUGGAUAGAUAACUGGAAUGGGGCAACUGGUUUAAUUGGAUCCAUCAGCAAAGGCAUCCUAAGAGUUAUCCCUGGGAACGAAGGCAACGUUUUGGAUCUUAUACCAGUCGACUAUGUCGUUAAUCUCAUAAUUGUAGCGGCUACAAAGAAAAUACUGUCACAAAGUGUAAAUGUUUACGCUUGUGCUACAAGUACAGAGAAACCUUUGACGUUGAGGAACUUAAUAAAACUGAUCACAAUAAGUAGUAAAAUAAAUAAAUUUAAUGAGCUACCAUUUCCUGGAGCUUACUUUACAAACUCCAAAUUGUUACUGGUUUUCUUAUCGGCUAUCCUACAAACUUCUCCUUUAUCACUGGCUGAUGCUUUGUUACGGAUGACAGGAAAAGACCCUAAAUACCGAUAA